ACCAAAAAAGAAUUCCAUCUCUAAUAGUUUUCCUGUGAGGAAAAAAGCUCGUAACGUUUCACCGUUCACGCGGAUCACCCUAUAGGUGGCAUGGGGUUUUAGUUCCGCCCGGUACCGCAGAUGGCGUUAGGUCGGCGCGCUAAAUAUACGGGCGCUUGCGUACCCCGCGCCAGUCGCGGAUCGGUCUUCGCGUCAGUGUGGCUGUAGGUUCGUAUUCCCCGCCGUCGCCGCUGCUAUUACCACGUCACGUCUCUCUGUUUUCGUUCUCGCGAGCGACCGGCGCGGCGGCAGGCGGUCAGGCAGGCAGACGGGCAGCCUGACGAGAACGCGAGAAACGCGAGAGGUCCGUGGAAACGCGGUACACCGCGGUGGUGCACCGGGCACCCACGGCGGAGUGACACCCGGGGCAAAUGGGCGUCCGCGGCCGUCGUCCGGGCUAACGUCCCACGGGAUACAUCGCGUUCGCGGGGAGUUAACGGUCGUUCCCCCGGCUCGUUUCGAGUGACAUUCGCGGCGCGCGGCGAUAAACAUCGAUCGAGCCAUCGUUCGCUCGCUCGCUCACCUCGUUCAUCCCACCAUCGCCACCAUCACCACCACCGCCACUACCAUCAGUCUCCCGCUUCGAUCGAGGAUCGCGCGGUCUCCCCCGCGCGCGCGAGAUGGAUCAUCGGACAGCGGAACAGCGGCGCGCGCGCGACUGUUGACGCCACGCCGACCGACCAACCGACCGCGCGCCGCGCGGCUCUCCGAGUCGGAUUAUUCUCCCCCUCGGCGUGCGCUCGGCGUUCGUCGCUCCCGUAGAGAAUGGACACUCGUCGUCGUAACGACGGCGUUGUCAGCGGCGCGGUGCGCGCAUCGAUCAACCCGUGAGGGAAGCGGGCGACCCUCGUCGCCGUAAACGAAGCGCGGACGAGACUAGAGGAGAGAGAGUUGAAUUCCCCGGCUCCGCAGUUCAGUUCCGCGUUCACGUUAUUAUCACGCGCUAACGGAUACGACGAGAGGUAACGUACGAGAGGAGGGGAAUGGAUUUUCGCCGCCGCUCUCGUCCCCGUGCAAUGGCAGACGCGGCCGCGGACCGGCCGCGACGGGCCACCCGUCUGAAGUGAGCGACGGAUCCCUGUCGCCGUCGCUCGCCACUGCUGCCACUGCCGCCGGUGAUCUAACGGCGACCCGUAUCGAUAUCCCCCCCGCGCGUGUGUGCGUGGCCGCGCGUCAAGACGCGGCGCCAAAGAGUGUGUCCGUGGUGCAUCGAAAUAAGAAGAAGAGGAAAACGUCUGUCCGUCCGUUCGUCCGUUCGUCCGUCGACGAGGAGGACAUCGGCCGUCGUCGUUGUCCGUUAACGAGAUCGUCGUCCGACGGCAGCCCGAUGACGCGCGAGUGUUGAUCGUCGGCACUCCGGGUGCCUUCUAUCUCGUUUCGGUUGUGCGUGCGUGCGUGCGUGCGUGCGUGCGAUCUCGGACAGCACGACGGGGAAGAAAAAGGGUACGACGCACGACGGGGGCAGCCCUCGGAUACAUUAAUGAAGAUGUGCCGCGGAUUGAUCGAUCGGUUGCUCCUGCUAGCGGCGUUCGGCAUCACAGUCCAAGGACAGCUGAAAAGUCCACGGAUAACCGAGCACCCGUCCGACAUAAUAGUCGCGAAAAAUGAGCCGGUGACGUUGAACUGCAAAGCGGAGGGUAAGCCCGAACCGGUGAUAGAGUGGUACAAGGACGGUGAGCUCGUGCAGACGUCGCCGGGGGACGCCAAGUCGCAUCGGGUCCUGCUGCCUACGGGAUCCCUGUUCUUUCUACGGGUGAUGCACGGCAAGAAGGAGCAGGACGGCGGUGUAUAUUGGUGCGUCGCGCGGAAUAAGGCUGGAUCCGUCCCGAGUAGGAACGCCACUCUCACAGUCGCAGUGCUGCGGGAUGAGUUUCGCGCGGAGCCACAGAACACGAGGGUCGCCGCCGGGGAGACGGCUUUGCUGGAGUGCGGACCGCCUCGCGGCCAUCCGGAGCCGACCCUCCAUUGGAAGAGGAACGGUCACAUAAUAGACCUGGAAGCGACAAAACGGAUAACCCUCGUGGACGGGGGCAACCUAAUGAUAUCCGACGUGAGGCCGGCCGACCAGGGCAAGUACCAGUGCAUCGCCGAAAACAUGGUCGGCACUAAGGAGUCCGCGAUAGCGACCCUCACGGUUCACGUGAAGCCGUUCUUCCUGGCCAUGCCGUCGAACCAGACGAUCCUCACGGAUCAGACGGCGGAAUUCGCCUGCAGGGUGGGCGGCGACCCGGAGCCGGAGAUCCUGUGGCGUCGAAACGACGGCAAGAUGCCGAUAGGCCGGGCGCACAUUCUGAACGACAAAAGUUUACACAUCGAGCGGGUGAACCCCCAGGACCAGGGGACCUACAUCUGCGACGCGGAGAACAGCGUCGGGGCGAUAUCAGCGAGCGCCACUCUUACCGUGCACUCGAGACCGGUAUUUACCAACUUCCCCAAGGACGAGACGGUAAACGCCAACACCGACGUCACCUUCUCGUGCGCGGCUCGCGGCGCCCCGAAACCGUCGAUAUUUUGGACCCGGGAGGGCUCUCAGGAGCUAAUGUUCCCCGGUCACACGUAUCAAAGCCACUACACUGUCACGGAAGAAGGAAGUCUAAGUAUCAAGGGCGCCGUCAGGAAGGACGAGGGCCACUACGUGUGUAGCGCCAUUAGUCAGGCCGGCGCCAGCACCGCGACCGUAUUUCUUCAGGUGACGUCUAUCGAAGAGACUCCGCCGCCCAUAAUCGAGCUGGGUCCGGCAAACCAGACUCUGCCGCUGAAGAGCGUCGCCUCGUUGCCGUGCCGCGCGGUCGGUACGCCCACGCCGCGGGUUCACUGGCACAAGGAAGGCGUGCUCGUGCGACCAGGCGGUCGCAUCACGAUGGCCAUCAACGGCACGCUGUUCAUCGACGACCUGCACGCCAACGAUUCCGGCCUGUACACCUGCAUCGCCUCCUCGGAGUCCGGCAACACCUCCUGGUCGGCGUACUUGACGGUCAGCACCGGCGCCAGCUUCCAUCGGACGCCCGACGUCUCGGCGCUGCCGCAGAACCCGAGUAAGCCGCGGAUAGUGAACGCUACCAGCAACUCCGUCACCCUGACGUGGAGCCCGGGCAACGAGGGUCAGAGCAAGAUUAUCGGCUAUAACAUCGAGUACUACAGCAGCAACCUGAACACCGGUUGGGUGGUGGCGGCCACGGGCAUUGUCGACGACAUCUACACGGUGACAGAUUUAAGGCCGGAGACCAAUUACGUUUUCCUAGUACGAGCGGAAAAUAGCCAGGGGCUCUCGCUGCCCGGACCACUGUCGGACCUCGUGCAAACUACUAACGUAAAUCAGCAUACGGUACCGCAAGUGGAACUGACUCGCGCCAGAGAUCGGCUGAACAGCGAGAUUUUACAUCUCAAAGAGGUGCAACCGUUGACCAGCACCAGCGUGAAGAUCAUGUGGGACAUUCUCGGCGCAGCAGAUUUAGUGGAGGGCCUUUAUAUACGGUAUCGCGAGGAUUCCGAGAAACCGGAAUAUCAAAUGGUUACGGUGCUCAACGCCGGCGCUACCAGUUACGUGCUUACCAAUUUGAAAAAGUAUACGCGCUACGAAUUCUUCCUAGUUCCUUUCUACAAGAUAAUUGAGGGUCGACCGAGCAACGUGAAGCUGGUCACCACAUUGGAGGACGUGCCUUCGGGCGCACCCGAGAACGUUCACGUGGGGAUGAUAAAUAUGACCUCGGCGUUCGUUCGGUGGUCACCGCCGCCGAAGAACACUCAGAACGGCCAAUUGAUCGGUUACAAGAUUCAGAUCAAGAGCAACAGCAGCAACAAGAUCUUAGGUCAGAUGUCCCUGAACGCGUCCACCACGUCGGUGAUCAUUAACAGCCUGACCACUGGCGGAUUAUACACAGCUCGCGUCGCUGGCCAAACCCGCGUCGGGCUGGGUCCCUUUUCCAGUCCGACUAUAUUGAAUAUGGAUCCAGGACAGCUGACGCAAUUACCGCCGCGUACUGAUCCUAGUCACGGAGGUGCAUCCGUCGUCAGGGAAACGUGGUUCCUCGUGUUGAUAAUAACGAUGAUAUUCACCGUUAUUGCCGCGUUGCUGGCCGCCCUGUAUGUGAGACGCAGGCAAGCGAUGAGCAAGCAACUGGGUCAUUUAAAUGUACCCGUGGGUACCGCAAACGAUAUCUGUCAAUUGAAUAAGGACACGCUCUGGCUGGAACGAGGUUGGCGGCCGACAAAUACUCUCCAGGCUGCCAACGAUAAGGACUGCGAAACCAAGUUACUCAACAAUCAGCACAUGCUGGCAGCCGGUAUAAUGGGCAUGGCCGGUUCGGAAUACGCCGAAGUAAAUCUGACAACGUUCUACAACACGCGUAAACAGAUGCAGGCGCCGCCGCCGGAGCCAUAUGCGACCACGACCCUCUGCGUGGGCAGCCGUAACUCAGACUCGAUCGAGACCAGCUGCCAGAAGUCAAACUCCAGCGACUCGUGUCUGAAACCGGAUUACUCGAGCUUGGACUCGAAUCAGGAGCCCAACAAGUCUACGGUGUCGCCAAGCAGCGACAACAUGAGCGGCGGCGGCGACGCCGCCUACGCGGACGAGAAUCUGGACAUGCAAAGGAGACAGUACAGAAUAGCAGGCCCCGCGGGCGACGCGCCGCAAACCGGUAUGUCGAUGCCCAACUGGUGCGACAUGUUGCCGCCGCCGCCUGAGCAUCCACCUCCCCUUGGCACAUCUAUAGCCACUAGCCGGAUGCAUCAGCAGCAGCAGCAGCAGUUGCAACAUCCGCACCAACAGCAACAGCCGCAUGUGCCGUUCAGUCCGCAUCUUAGCAAAAGAAGCAUACAGAACGAUCUGGAUCACUGCAGCGGCUCAGGCGCCGGCUCGUGCAAUCCUCAGAGUCCGCCUACGCCGCCCAUCAGAGUGACCAAUAGCUUCAGCCCGUCACCGACACCUUGGAGCGGCGGCGGCGGCGGCGGCGGCGGACAGAGUCAGCACUCGGAGUCCGGUAACCUUCAAGUUCCACAGGGCAGGUACACGACGCUGCCGCCGCAGACGAAUCCACCACCGUUGCCCUCGUUCCCGCAGGGUUUCAAUCAUUACGAUUACAAGAAUCAGGAGAACGAGUAUGAGAGCGGCUCCGUCAUUUACGGCCACCAUCAGAAUGGUCUCCCGGACGAUUACGGCGUACGCGCUGAUCCCGCGUUCGCUCGUUCCAACAAUCAACAGUUGCAUCUGACGCCGUCCGCCGUAAGCGAGGAGCUGUAUCGGCACAGGGACGAAAUGUUCCACAACGACAAUCUUUAUCAGCCCGAAAAUGACGAGUGGGACAGGAAAUCAUGCGACUCCAACACGCACUCGGACGCGUGUUGCUCGUGCUCGGAGUCGAGCUGCCUGUACGCCGACACCAUGCAGUACAACGCACAGCAUUAUAGUACCGCAUGUGGUCACAGUAGCAGCAGGACGGGUUCCCGAAGCAGGAGUAAUAGGAGUCCGCGAAGGAGAAACAGGACAUCCUCGCCCACGUAUAGUAGCGACAGUAAUUACUCCUGCAUUCCCCAGAGGCAGUGCGGAAGUACGAAUUCGCAGGAGAGACUGAGGCAUAAUCGCAGUAAAGACAAGCUACCUGGUUUUUCAAGGACAGGCAACUACAGCCAACACAAUUCUUCGGCCUCUAAUACGAUGAGUAGUACGGGCAGUCAACGAUACAAUAAGCUAAAUAGUAUCUUUGCAAGCGGCAAUAAUCCGAACGCUCCGACGGAGUCUAGUCGACUGGGUGAUCAUCGUGAGAGCUAAAUACUACCUGGACAUAGUAAAUACAGGACGUGCCUGAACAAACGGCCUUCGAUCACAACGAACGAUCCCAGUCUCGACUACAGGAGGUCGUUUCGCAAUCAGCAAUGUCGCGGACGCUCGUCAAGUACGGUUUGAUUGAGUGCGCCGUGUAUAUAAUAAAAGAUAUGCCGUAGCAUCUCUUGCGCAAGGUUGCUAUAUAUUUCUAUAUAUACUUGGUAUGAGACGCUAUCGCGUCUCUUGAGUGACGGCCCGUACGCUGGAAGGGUACAUCGAUUUGAUUUGUUGAUUAUACCACAGGCUCAUUAAGAGAGUGAGCUCAAUGGCGAUGAGUCAGAGCGAAUCUCGUACUUUCUUCUCUACGUAAUCCAUUACGUAAUAUCGAAAAGAUUUAACAAGUUUCGCGUAAUAAGUAUUCCAUGACUGACAACGUUUACGUUUAGUUGAUUACGUGGCGGUAGCUUAAGCUCGUAGAGUAUUCUUGUGUUUGUAUGAAGCGCAAUAACGGUCUUCUAUCGCGGUAAGAGCAUAAUUUCGACACUGGAGAUUUGAGAACUGUGGACUUCGUAAUCGACGCUCGCGACGCUUCAACGCUACGUCGAUAGACCCCGUUAUGUACGCGAUAUAGUCGAUUGUUUUAUUCUUUGUACUCGGAUAAGGGCUUUCAAAACGGAUAACAUCGCGAAAGAAGAGGCGACGCGUAGUAUUAUCUUUCUUUGAACACUCUGCCAAAUAGACUGAUUAACGUAUCAUCGGAUCGUGCUUAUAUUUUCUUUGUUCUUUACUUUAUCACGCUGAAAGCUAGAAACGAUUCCAACUUUUGAGAGAUAUUAAGGGAAAGAUGAAAGAGGAAGAAAAAAAAUCUUCUCUUAUAUAUUGUGGUUUGCUAUCGCGACGUGUUUCUUGAGUAAAAUUUUAAUGCCUGAGCGGUCACGCCGGGUUAAUAUUCCAAUUAAACGCCUUUUGAACGUCGCUAUACUCUGGACUGCCCUACAUACUGCCAUUCCCGCUGAUAUACUGUUAGUUCGAUUAAGUUGUAUCCUAAAUAGUGACUCGAAAAGUCACAUUUUUAACUCGCGAGCGUCAGCGAGCUACAAAAGUUCUCGCGCGACCGCUCCGGGAUAAAUGUCCACGCGUAUAAAUGUCCCGUGCGACAUGUCACGUUUUUUUGACGUGGCGAUAGCACAAACGGAGAGAAGAAUAUAUGAUAUAACAGGUUGAUCCGCCUGAGCGCGAAAUAAGGAUUUGGGUCGCAUAAAAAUCGCGCACGAAUCGAGCAGGCGCAGCGAACUGUUUAUUUAAUUGACAAAUUUUACCUAUGAGAAAUUUGACAGCUCAGAAACAAAUAAUUUAGUUUAUCUCCAUUUUUUAAAAAGUAGAACACGGAAGUAAGCUCUAUGAAGUAGAUUUUUUUUUAAUAGUAUAUUUUUUAUGACGAGUAACUAAAUAUUUGAUUGAAAGUGUUGUGAAUAUUAUUCUCUAGAGAGGUAAGACUCUAAUAUCAUAAGAGUAAGCAAUAAUAAGAGUAUACGUAUAUGUCAAGACGAGUUUGUUUAUGAGAAUAAGACUUCAAGAUUUUUACAUUAAUUCAGUAUAGAAUAGUUUCGCGAUCUCUUUUUCAUUUUAGUGUCAAAAUGACUUCAUUUCGAGCCAUUGCCUCGAAAACAGUCGAGCGGGCAAUCGUACACAAUUGUUCUGUACACGAGAUUAACUUAUCGAUCGACCAUGCGCCUGCUUGUUCCGCACGCGGAAUAAUCCUUUCGCUACGGUGGUUUUUGUCGACAGGCUUCACUUCCCGCGAACGAAGCCAAUUGUUUUCGAUCGUGAUGCCCAAAUAUAUUACGGUUUGUAGAACGCAGCAAUUACUCAUAUUCACGUCUCGUGUUUGACGCUAAACGAGCUCGUUCGAUUUUGAGUCCACGAUAACAUCUCUUAUCUGUAUAUUAAAUAGCUCGAGAUCAAACGCGAAAUGUGAAUGGGCGUUUUGGAUGUGGUCGUCCUUAAUGCGUAGAAUUAGAGACGGGCGAUUUACAGUCGUGUCUCUCGGCGCACAACGAAAGCUUAGCAAAUAGGCAGGCGCAUAAUCGUCGUAGCGAAAGGAUUAAUGUGUCGCGCCCGACGAAACGAUUCGUGCUCGGCAUCGCGACCGGCCUCACAAAGCGUGGCAUUUAUUUUCAACAGCCUAUACCUGUAUCCAGGCCACGACAAAUGGAGCAUAUUAUUUUGGAUAUAACGUUCCUAAAUCCUAAGGCAACCGAGGGCUAAUCUCCAUGAAGAAGGGCCACGUAUAAUUCUUCCAAAACGAACGCACGUAGUAGAUACGUUUUUAACGAAACGAAAUAACAAUAAAAACGCGUAAUAUAUAUAUAAAAAUAUACAUAUUAUAUAUACAUAUAUUAUCAUAUCACGCAUCCUUGUAUAAAUUGUACAAAGUUACUUUAACGAGAUUAGUCAUUAGUUAUUAAUUUAUACGCCGUACCGAUUGAACUCGCAUCGCGUAAGCGAUAGAUACGUAAGAUAUCUCAUGUACUCUUUAUUACACAUGACCUGAUAUGUAAAAGUGAGAACGUGCUCGUCAAAAAUGUGCGCUUCGAAGAUAUUGCCGAUACAAAGUGCGUUAUCCCCGAACGCGUACCUGAUUCCGAUUUAUCGGAUAUUUCCAUCUCUCGUUACCGCGAUUUAAUUUGUUUAUGAAACGAAUUAUAAUUAUAAAUCAUAAAUUGUUUUAAUAUUAGAACAUUAUUAUAUUAAUAAUGCUAUCAGAAAUAGUACGUAAAAUCACGUGAAAAGAAAAAAAUACAGGAAAGCAAAAUUUUUGGAAAUUGAUAGUAACGGUGACACGAUUUGCACGAAAAUCUUAAAAAUAUUUGUACUUGAAAAAAAAAGAAGGUAUUUAAGUCUACUUAUUCUUUUUCCCAUUUAUCUUCCGACUCUCUUCGCGAUGGGACUUUAGAUGGAAGACACAACGAAGUACAUUUGCAUUCGUAACGACCGACUUAUUGAAAUCGUCUUUUGCACGGCGGUCGAAGAAGAAUUGCAUACUAUUAGAACCGUGAAAUUCUAUUGUCGCCCUCGUCUUUCUCUCCUUUGAAGCGCACAUUUUUAAUAGGAUGGAGUACACGUCGCGUCCGUACGCGGCAUUUAUGAACGGGACGUCGCGUUUACGGAUGAUUCGGACCAGCGUUUUUCGUACGGUUUUCAGUGUAGACGGAUCUAAUGUAGAACUGAAACCCCUAUGCGGACGUGUAUAUCAACGAAUGAAAUAUUUAAUAUAAGAAUAUUGUUAGAAGAUUUUAUUUUUAAUGUGCUUAUUUGCAUUUAUGCAUAUUGAAAGUGUAAUUUGUGUACACAUGUUGAAUCUACACAAGCGGCCAAUAAUGCUUUUUCGCUUGAAAUUUGCUAUUUUUUUUGCAUCAGAUUAUGAUUUAUAUGUAUAUUUAAUUAAUUUUUUUUAUCAUUUAAACGAUAUAAAAAUUGAUAAAUACGUUGAAUUUCAAACAGAAAAGACAGUUUGUAUCAUUGAUCAUACAUUAGAAAGAUUUUGCACAAUAUUCGUCUUGCUGAAAUUACACUAAACUAAUUCUUAAUAAAGUUAUUAAUAAUCAAAGGAUCAUGACAUUUCUACGAUACAUAAGAAAUGUGUUUGUUCAACAGAAAAUUCAGAAUUAUUCUUUCCUAUGUGAAAUUAUUCAUAUAGGAGAAGAAUUUAUAAGCAUCAUUAACCGCUUGUGUACUUCACAUUUGCUUCAUAUUUACUGACAGCGUAGCUCUCAGCUCUUUUUUUUUAUACAUAAAGAAAAAGUUAAAUUGACUAAAUUUUUCAACUUGAUUAAAUUUCUUCAAUUCAAGUAUUUAUGUAUUGAACUCAAAUACAUAAAAUACUUGAACUUUAAAUAUUUAUAUAUUUAAUUUAAGAAUAUAUAUAUACAAUAUUUGAAUUAAAGAAAUUUAAUCAAGUUGAAAAUUCAGUCGAAUUAACAACUUUUUUUCUCAGUAUACGAUUGUAAAAUUGCAAAUUCGACAAAGAAUAUCUAAAUCCGUCUAUGCUCGCGCGUGCGACAGCCGAUUGCCUUUAAUCGCCGGGGCUGAGCGCUGUUUAAAUUUCCGUUUAAUCCGUAAUGCGCGAAGCUCCUUCAAUGUAUAUACACAACCGAGACAUUUUGUACGCAUUUUUAAAGGGGUCCCCGUCGAGACGCGGGUUCUUUUCAACCGCGAUAGCGCGCUACGCGGGGGCGAGGCACUCCGGCGGCCCGUAGCGAUGACCCUUUUCCUUUCCUCCCCGUAACGACGCCGUCGCGGGAAGCGUGGGCGUGGCUUUCCUUUGUGCACGCGGGUACGCGACUCACUUAUUAAUUACGACUUUCGAUUAAGUGACAAGUAAACGGAUUAGCGUUUAUUUUAACGGCGCGCGCGCGCGCGCGUACGUGUCGCCCGUGGAACUCGAGAGCGCACGGCUCGUUCAAUGGCGCGUGGUGAAUCGCUCAAAUUUGUUAUACAUACACAAUACAAUUAGCUCCACUCGGUCCCGUGCCGUCUGAAUAGGGGAAGUUAUCCCAUGCGACAGGUACUAUCCAUUCAGAUACUCGACGCAACAAACUGCCACUGCUGUAUAUGUAAAUUCUGUAAAAGUAGAAGAAAGGAAAUAGGUCAUGCAGGAAUUGCGAUUUCGGUGGAAGUAGUCGGAGGUGUGCGGGAGGAAAGAGAAAAGGAGUAAUUAAUUAGCAGAGAUAUUGAAUUAAAUUUGUUAACUCGGAGAGUUGAACUUAAGGUCUACCUAUAGUGAUACAUGACUAUAUAUAUAAAUAUAUAUAUAUAUAUAUAUAUAUAUAGUUUCAUAAGAGUAUCUGCGUAUAAAUUUAUUCGCGCGUCGACGCGCGGUCGCGCGCGAGUAAAUUUAUAUCCAGUAAGUAAAAAAAAAGUCCAUCCAAGCAGGCGAAGAAAUAAGUAAAACGCAGGGAGAAGAUAUCAUCUCGAAUAUACUGUUAGGCUUAGAACAGAAAGAGCGGAAAAAGAAAAGGGCGAAUUGUUGAGGGGAGUAGAUUGCGAGACUACUGCUAAAAGGAAGCAUCUCAUUACACGUAAUUAGAUAGGAUGCGUAUUUUAAGUAUCUCCGUCGUCACGUACGAGUGUGUGUGUUGUGCGUGCGUCCGAUGCGGGUCCGCGCGACGACCCCUCGAGGAAGACGGGAGGCGAGAGCAGUCGUUUCCAAAGGCUUGCUCUCUCCGCCUUUUUCUCCACCUUCGCUUGUCCAACGUCCUACCGCAGGAACGACGGGAGUUACCUUCAGCGUUCCGACGAGGUUCGGGAUGUUAACUCUGCCAAUACCAUCGUUGUGAUCAAUCGUAUGAACUAGCAGAGUUGGCUGAUAGCCACACAGUGUGACCCCUUCUUGACUUUUCCACCAUCGUUAGAACCCUGAGGGUGAUCGGUACGUGUUCCGUUAGACGAGCGAAGGUGCAUCUUUCUCAGCGAGAUAACGGCGUCUAUUUAGAUGCGAGUGCAUCGCGAACGUUUCUGCACAGAGGCGUUUGGAUCAUCAACGAUGAUCGGUACCGUUUAUAUCUGUGCGUUUGACACGACGAGCGGCGGUGGAUCCGCAAAUUAUACGCGCGGCCUCGGAUCGGCGAGAUGCAGUCGCAUAUUAUCGAGGGAAAGGGUUAUUACAUGCACAUACAGAUAUAUACAUACAUCUCGUCGAAGGCUACAGAAUCGUGACCUUUUCGGAAGGCGUCUGGUAUCUCCAUUCCUAAAUGAUCGUGAUUCAGCCAACGGACAUGCUGCCAAACCAUCGUAUCAAUGCGCGAAGGAAUGAAAGAGAAGAGAUAACGUAUUAUUUUUAUAAUUUGUCAUCUUUGUAUUGUUGUUACGAUGGUUGAGAGGACUUGUAUAAAACACGCUAACGUUUAACUUGCAAAACUGCGCGGAUCGCGUAAACGACAUUUAACACGAUUAACACAUUACACACAUGAAUACAUCAUACACCCCUGAAACAAACAUUCGUCGAGCAAGUCAGACGAAUUCGUUGAAGGCGCGUAAUAAAUGUUUCUCGCUAACCCAGUAGGCAUAAAAUCAUUAUUAUACUAUUACAAUAAUGUUCCAUAACAUGUAACGUGUUUUCGAAUCUGCCCCGAUAGACAACAUUAUUAUGCGAAUAAUACACAAUAAUGGCACCACGAAUUAAUGAAAUAAAUUAAUUAAUUAUAUUUCUAAAUGUUUUAUACAUAAUGCAGCUAAAAUAUUUAUUUUUCAAUUAUUAAACAGUUUCUUUCUAAAUUUAAUUUUUGCAAAUAUAUCAUUAAGAUGAAUCGACAUAUCAUUAUAAUUUUAUCGAAAUACUCUUUCGAAAUUAUAUGCGCAGUUAUCAAUAUUUUAUAAAAGAUACAAUAUACUUUUACAUCUAUUUUUGUAAAUAUACCUACAUAAUUGCAAAUUUAUAAUUUUUAUGCAAGAUUUCAUCAUAUAAUUUAAUUAAUGUUCUAUCGAGGUGUACGAACAUCAAUAUAAACAAAACUUUGACCGAGACUUGGACUUUUUAAAAUAUUUCAACAAUGUCUCAAAAAAAAUCAUGUACUAUCAACUAAUCUUUCUAAAAUGUUUAUACAACAUUUAAAAAUAUAUGUGAAACUGACGUUUCUAAAUGUUAAUGUUACUUGCCUACUGGGUAUCGACUAACCGACGAGCCUAUUUGUUAAUAAAACUGCGGUCAUUAAUAAAUAAUGCAGCACGAUCGCAUAAAUCUUUAAAACACGAAAUCUCGAUCUGUAAACUCAUAUCUGGUAGUGAUAUCGAGACAGAGUUUGCCGUUUUCGCGAGAGACGCUCUCCGGACUUUUAAACUUGGUGCUGCCAAGACUACCGAAUGCAACGACAAAGGCCGAUAUCUGCACCAAUUGAACUGAUCGAUGCAUUUUUUAUGAGAUUUAUUUUGCAGGGUAUCUAUGAAGAAAAUAUUUCGAUUAUAUAUCGACGAAUUUGGGAUCAACUUUUUUUAAUGACGAUUUUUAAGUCCUGAUUAUAUAUUAGGAAUCGAAUGUUAAUAAUAGAAUCUUUUUCAGUGAAACUUACUCGAGAUAUUCAAUAUUGAGAAUGAUAUAGCAACUUCACUCCAAUAUUCCUCCCGAGGAGGAAAGUCAAUUCCGCGUUCGUCGAAGUAUUCUUAAUAUAAUUUUUAAGUCUGAGGCAGCCUGGGUCUAAAGUAGAAAAAUUAAAUACAUCAGAGUAGUACCGAUCGAUUAACGUUGGUGCAAGCAACUGGUCCUGGAUUGCGCUUCAAAGAUUAAGUAGACCGUUAGAGAGCUAGAGCUACGUAAAAGUAAUUCAUAUCAUUAAGAACACGAAAUAGUGAUUUCGAAUUGAAGAGGCAAUAUAAGAGAGGAAGAGAGGAAAAAAGAAAUAGCCGUUUUCUGUUCAUCUCUCUUUCUCUGGAUUGCGUUUUACACGGGCCCCACACGUGUGAUUACGAUACUCGCCGUGGGCACACGUGCACUAGGGCUCGUGGAGACGCGUAUUUAGCUCAAGCUUUCCUUUUUAUAUUCUGUAAAUACAGCGAAUAAAUGGAAAUGAUAAGCAUUUUUAUAUAGUUAAUUUUAUAAUUUAUUUACUACGGGAGAGAGACACGCGCCGCUUUCGUCUCUCUUUGUCGACCGUCGAUCGUCGCACGUGCGAAAUCGCGACGAGAUUUAAAAGUAAAAAAAUAGGAGCGUGCAUACUCCACAAAGACACACGUUACACACGUAUACAUACACAUAGAGACAUACACGCGCACGACUGUAGAUAAUUUGUAACAGUUGCUAUUGUCAAGUACCACGUACACGUAUAAAGCGACGUAUGCUGAUUAUAUAUCAUUGCAUAUAUUAUACUGAUAAUGAUUAAUAAAAGGUAAUGUUGAAAAUUGAA